CCCUCUCGCUCACACGCCUGUUGGCCAAGUGAUGGGAGACAACCACCGAUACUUUGUUUUUACGCACAGGGCGCGGACACACCUGACCCGAGUAUCUUUUCGUUUCGUUUGGAAUUGCGUAUGAAUGGAGCUGGAAAUUAGAUUCAUUCAUCACUAAAUAAUAAGAAGUCCGUUAUAAGCAGCGUAUAGGCAAGUUGUGGAAUUAUGUCAAUUUCACCAGGAUUUUUGCAGUGGAAGAGGAGCGAAUAACUUUAGCCAAUAUGCGUUUUUGGAUUAUGACUCGUCUCGCCCGACUGUCCUAUGGAAUAUAGCCCAAUAUAUCAGAACCUGCAUUUGGUCUCAUCAUCCCCUGUGAAGAAUAAACUAUUUGUUUUCUGCAUCAUGUUGUCCCUGUGGAUGUAUAUGAUAUAUUGCUGCGUCGGAUACUGUUCAACCAUGCCAAGUCUGAUGGGGACUUGGAAUCCGAACACCAAGAAGAUUCCGUUAGAUUCUUUAGAUCCGUUAUUCGGCGCAUCAUCCAGGGACGUGUUAAAUAAUGAGAGUGAUUUGGACAGCAGAGGAGGGGAGGACUGGGAUGAGAUUCGAAGCGAGCAGAGGACGUUGGAUAAUAAUGUCGUGUCAAGUCUCUUCAACGAGUCAGGGCCGGUGGAGAGUAAGAAGUUGCCCCAGGCGAUCAUCAUUGGGGUGAAGAAGGGAGGCACACGGGCGCUGCUGGAGUUCCUCCGCGUGCAUCCCGACAUUAGAGCUGUUGGGGCCGAGCCGCAUUUCUUUGAUCGGAACUAUGACAAGGGACUGGAGUGGUACAGAGACCGUAUGCCUGAGACUCAGGAGGGUCAGAUCACCAUGGAGAAGACCCCCAGCUACUACGUCACUAAAGACGUUCCCGCCCGUAUCCACACCAUGUCCCCAGACACCAGGCUGAUUGUGGUGGUCCGAGACCCCGUCACCAGGGCCAUCUCAGACUACACUCAGACCCGCUCCAAGAAACCUGACAUCCCCUCCUUUGAGAGCCUCGCCUUCAAGAACAGAACUACCGGUCUCAUCGACACGUCCUGGAGCGCCGUCCAGAUCGGGAUGUAUGCCAAGCACCUAGAACGCUGGCUGCAGUACUUCCCCAAGGACCAGCUCCUCUUCAUCAGCGGGGAGAGGUUGAUCUCUGACCCAGCCGGGGAGAUGACACGCGUACAGGACUUCCUGGGGCUCAGGAGGGUGGUCGGUCACAAACACUUUCACUUCAACCCAGCCAAGGGCUUCCCCUGUCUGAAGAGGCCGGAGGGUAAUAGUAAACCUCACUGUCUGGGGAAAACCAAAGGAAGGAUUCAUCCUAAUAUUGACCCUGAGGUGGUACAGAAGCUGAGAGACUUUUAUCAACCUUUCAACAGGAGGUUUUAUCAGAUGACGGGACAUGACUUUGGAUGGGGUUCAUGGAGCUGAGCGACGGAGACAUUGAGUGAAUCCGAAAUGGCACCCUCUUCCCUAUGUAGAGCACUACCCUGGUCAAUAGUAGUGCACUAUAACAUUGGACAAAAUGGAACCCUCUUCCCUAUGUAGAGCACUACCCUGAUCAAUAGUAGUGCACUAUAAUAUUGGACAAAAUGGCACCCUCUUCCCUAUGUAGAGCACUACCCUGGUCAAUAGUAGUGCACUA